AUAAAAAUUACAUAACGUUUUCUCUAUUUCUAGGAGAAUCUAAAAAGGCACUGCCCCCUGCCCCAUUCCUCUAUUUCCCCCAAUUUGCCGAUCAAAGAUAGAAAGGGACGAACCGAUCGGCAGCGAACCCAUACACCACAAUCCAAAUCCAAAUCCACCGCGGAAUAGGCGAAAACUGACUGGUACUGUCAUCACUGCUGCUCUGCCCAAACCCUAGGGGUGUUUUGAAAAGGAUGUCGAUAGAUUUGAUAUUGAAGCCGUCGUGCAGCGGUUGUGGAUCGGCGGUGGAGCUGUACGGCAGCACGUGCAAGCACCUCACGCUGUGCGUGAAAUGCGGCAAAAGUAUGGCUGAGAAACGCGCCAAGUGCUACGAGUGCGGCACUCCAAUUACUCGCCUGAUUAGGGAAUAUAACGUUCGGGCAAGUUCCAGUAGCGAAAAGAAUUAUAUUAUUGGAAGGUUUGCUACGGGAUUACCAACUUUCAAGAAGAAGAAUGAUAAUAAUUGGACAUUUCAGAAAGAAGGUCUGCAGGGACGCCAAGUUACCGAUUCUCUGCGGGAGAAGUUCAAGAAUAAACCUUGGCUACUAGAAGAUGAGACAGGCCAGUUUCAGUAUCAUGGCCACUUUGAGGGCUCACAGUCAGCGACAUAUUACCUUCUAAUGCUUCAAGGCAAGGAAUUUGUAGCCAUUCCAGCUGGUUCCUGGUACAAUUUUAACAAAGUGGCACAGUAUAAGCAACUAACGUUGGAAGAAGCAGAAGAAAAGAUGAAAAAUAGAAGGAAAACUGCUGAUGGUUACCAGAGGUGGAUGAUGAAAGCGGCAAAUAAUGGACCUGCAGCCUUUGGUGAAGUGGAAAAGUUUGAUGGGGAAGGUGCAUCUGGUGGAGGGAGGGGGCGUAAAAAAUCGACAGGGGACGACGAUGAAGGCAAUGUUUCAGAUAGGGGAGAUGAAGAUGAAGAAGAAGAGGCAUCAAGGAAAGGUAGGCUUGGACUCAACAAGAAACAUGCAGAUGAUGAUGAAGAAGGUCCAAGAGGUGGUGACCUUGACUUCGAUGAUGAUGAUAUUGAGAAAGGGGAUGAUUGGGAGCAUGAAGAAAUUUUUACCGAUGACGAUGAAGCAGUUGGAAAUGAUCCCGAGGAGCGGGAAGAUUUGGCCCCUGAAAUUCCUGCUCCUCCAGAAAUUAAGCAGGAUGAUGAUGAUGAGGAUGAAGAUGGUGAAGAAGAGGGAGGGUUGAGCAAAUCAGGAAAAGAGCUGAAGAAAUUGCUUGGGCGUUCUAAUGGGAUGGAUGAUUCAGAUGCAGAGGAUGAUGACGACGAUGACGACGAUAUGGAAGAUGAUAUAUCACCUGUGCUUGCCCCAAAGAAGGAAGCUCCUAAAGAAGAACCAAUUGAUAACAGUCCCCUAAAAUCAACUACUUCUGGGGCUGGUCGAGGAACACCGAAUGGAUCGAAGUCGAAGAGCAAAAGGAAGAGCAAUGGCGAGGAAUCAAAAACAACUAAUGGUGCACCUCUGAAGAAAGCGAAAACAGAAAAUGAAGUAAAAUCUGUGAAAGAUGAGAUAGGUUCAUCUUCAAAAAGCAGUGCACCUACUAAAGGCGCAACUCCACCAGCACCAUCAGUGAGUGCAUCUGCACCACCAACUGGACCAGUUACCGAAGAGGAAAUAAGGGCUGUUCUCUUACAGAAGAUGCCAGUGACCACACAGGAUCUUGUAGCCAAAUUCAAAUCUAGGCUAAAGUUGAAAGAGGACAAGGAUGCUUUCGCAGCUAUAUUGAGAAGGAUAUCAAGGAUACAGAAGACUAAUGGCGCAAACUUUGUCGUACUUAGAGAGAGAGCAUAAGUUGUUCAUCUUCGACUAGUGUGUGUAUUUUUAACUUACCUAAUGCUUGCCAAACUGAGGAAGUGUUCUUGAGUCCAGUUUUAUACUUUUUCUUGACUAAGACGAAAUGGAGAGUUUAUUUACCAAA